AUGGCCGAUCAUCCCUCAUCCUCUCGUCUGCAUGAGUGGUUACAACGAUCAAGCGUCUCGCCGGAGGCUGAAGAGGCUGACACUCAACCCCGCUAUGAAAAAGAGGCCCAUUUUAACGGAUCUGUGAUAGAAGAGCAACGGGAUUCCCACAUAGAGGUAGACAACAGAAAUUCGUUGGAGGAUAUUCUACACCGUGAUCCUCUCUCGCAUGGGGACAUCCCCGGAGCAAUUUUUCUCCCCAAGUCACAGACAGGGUCAUCUGCGACCGACAAUGAAUCUGGCUUGGAAGAGUGUUCAAAUGUUCACGAUAUUGAUGACGAAAGUACCGAAGCCUCAUUUGAUGUGAAUAAUCGACUGGGUGCACCUUUAAUCCCAUCCGCUGUCGAAUUACCCCCUUCGCCCAUAAGUUCAGAAGCGGGUCAAUCCACACUCUCAGAGACAGGUCAAGAAAGCAUCCAGGGAGAGGAGUCCGAAAUGGCAUCUUACCCCAUCAGAUACACAACAAUCCUUGAAAAUGCAGGUCAGGUACUAGAUCAUAUCAGAAAUGGAAACGUGUUUGCCACAUCCCGCCACGAAAAGGCCUCACUUAUCUACUAUGACUAUGAUGACCAAGGGUUACUCAUAUGGUCCGUUAAGGAUACCAGAAGGAUGCCAUCCUUACGUGAUUUUACCGAUACAGGAAAACUUCUUAUUUUGGUGGAGGAUCUUUCCGAGCGAGUGAUCCACAAGCUUGGUGAAGAGUUCGGCAUCAACCCGGAAUUUUUCGAAGAGCAUCUGCUCAAUUCUGGAUACUCCGGAGCGAAUUAUGAGCAGCAGCCAGCUAAAAUGUGGAAUACGGCGUCCUUAGAGAAGUCGUAUGUUUCUAUGAAAUGGUUUCGACCGGUCUGGCGAGCCCCAACGUACUUUUCCAGCCGUGAUCUUUCAGAUCUACUCGGAUACCAAACGGAGCAUUUUACUCGCCGUGGAAGGGUUACUACUCGGGCCACGACGAAUAUUUUCCGUUUGGGAUGGGGUUUAUGGACCGAUCCGGCCAAGACAAUACGAGUAAAUAGGGAAUAUGGUUGGGACGAAAAGGUUUCUAUUUGGAAUGGAAAGCUUACCGAUCGAGAUUGUCAAGUUGUGGUUGUCCUUCUUGAUCCCUUACCAGAAAUAAGAGAGCAAGAGAGCUUUUGGAAGCAAGACAGCCUAUAUGAGCGAGAGAGACCUAACGAAGGCUCGGGGCUACUUUCCGGGCAAACGAGCGAUGAUGAACACGAAGAAGCACGUAUAGGUACUUGGGAAGUAGACCAAGAUGAUUUGCCGCGUCGUGUGGAUGAAGAGGGCUUCUGGUACAACGUUUGGACCCGGUUUGUUUCAAGACAAGCAGUUGGAAAACAUGUCAACAAUAACCCGACUUACAAAUGCAUUAUUGAGCAGAUGGCCCCCCGCCGAGAGGUGAAAGUUGACCUGGACCGAAUAUUUCGAGAGCAAGAUCCGACUACGAGUUUCAAAGACAAAUUAACCCAAACGAGAUCCACAAUGAAUGAGAUUCGUGACGCCAUGGAUACCGAGUUUGGACAUAUUAACUUGACUCGACCGUUGCUCCAAAUCAUACGCCAAGACACUUUGACCCUUCUUAACCAGCUGCGACAAAUUCUGGAUGAAGUCGAUGUUGAAAUCUUGGAUGAUGUGAGGAUGGAAGACCGCCUAGUUUUAUGGCGUCAGCUUAUCAAUCGUGCACAACGGGAGCUUCCAGAGUUCAGUGAAUCUAUACGGCCUUUGGUUGUCUUUUUGAAUAAACUUGAUCCCCGGGGGCUCAGUGGAGGAGACACAGAGCACGAUCUCCCCCUUGAUUUGCAGAAACUCUUGGAAGAUAUUAAUCAAAUGAUUGAGCGUCUCCGGACCACAUCGGCCUCUUUGACAUCUAACAUGGCCUUGCUGGAUAGUCGACGGUCGAUUGACGAGGCACAUGCAGUGACGAGACUUACAGAGCUGGCUUUCAUCUUCAUUCCUCUCUCCUUCGCAGCAACGGUCUUCGGAAUGCAGAUUGAACCAUUUGCCAACCCAGUUCCUGUUUGGUACUUUUUUGUUGUGGCUGUUGUGGUGACGAGUUUCUCGUACCUGAUGCGAAUUGUGAUGCGCAGCCAGUGGUUCAGUCAGUUGAAGAUUGAAAUGAAGUACGAAAUUAGAAAGUACGCAGAAAGGAACGGCAAAUCGAUUCAACCACGCUCACUUUCAGUACAUCUCAUCUUUGAAUGGGCAAUCACUACCGCGGCCUUGAACAUUGUUAACUCUUGCAAAUGGCUUGUUAAAUGGAUUGCCAGAAAUCUGUGGCUGACAUCCCAGUGGCUCUACGGAAAACUGGGUUUUAUUGUCAGCUUCUUCUUGUUGAUCGGACUCAUCUCAGGGCUACCAAUAGGAAUGCUUUGGGCCAGGAAUGUAGAUUCUGGUAUCCGGGCUGCUGUGAGUAUCGGGAUCGUCUUCGCAGUCAUUGCCACUGUAGGUGCUCCGUUCUGGAUGAGGGCAGAGCCAAAUAUACAGAACGCUUGGCCACGCAUUUCCGUGCCCUCUCCUAGCCGACUUCCUCGGUGGAUCCGAAAGGCACUUCUUCUGCUGAUUCCGUCGGCCACGAUGAUUGUGGUACCAAUGGCUCUGAUAUGGACUCGUCCUUUGGACACUGGCAUAAAGAUUGGAGUGACUGUUGGAAUCUCGGUGAUAGCAAUGCUUGGCCUGGGAUCUAUUGCUGUAAUGAUGAUCUUUGGGCGGACGAGACUCGACUGGCGGUCUGCGAGUACUAGUUACCGGUACAAUAGUGAUUAG